UUGAGGCGUCACAAUUUGUGUUCAUAACCACAGAAAUAACCACGACUCAUUCUCAUACCCAGAGCCCUUCUUAGUUACGCGCCGUCUGUCUAAAGCAAUAUGGCGGACAAUGCCAGUUCAAGGGUGAAUAUUGACAACAUUAAAGUAAAGGUUUUGGGAGAAAAGAAAGGGAGAUACGAUUUGGAUAGUUUGCCAAGGCUAAAAUACAAAAAAAGAGAUAAACCCAAGUAUAAGAGAAGAACGAAAGCAAAAGUCGUUUUAAAUUUAUACAGUGAACUGAGUGAAGUAAACGAACCCAGCGAUUUAGAUGUUGAGACUACUGAAAAGGAAGCUAUUGUAGCAGGUUGUGAUCAAAAUAUUGACAAAAUCGUCCGUGACCACCAAAAUACCUAUGCUGAUGUUACCGACACGCUUGAGGAUAUCACUUCAAGUGAUUUAUUACACUACUCUCAACCCAUGGAUACUUCACAAGCAGUUGUUUGUCAAAUAAGUCACCAGGAUACUUAUGUUGUUGAAGUAUGUAGAUCAAAUGCUUUACUACCUGUCAAUACAAUGCUAACUGCUUUUGUACUUCAAGACUAUGAUGAGUUAUUAAGACAGUUAAAGAGUAAAGAUUUUCUUUUAAUUCGGAGAAGUUUGCACCAUUUCAUCAAUGGAACUGUGAAUUGGGUGUAUCAAUGUUCAUGUAAUCCUGCCAGGAGUAAAAUAAUAAACUCACUUCACAUCAGUAUUAAAGAACAUUACAAUCAACAACUAUUGGCUGACAAUCCAGCAUGUGUACAUUGCUUGGUGACUGAGCGUAUUUUAGACAGCCUUGAAUGUUUUAAUGGCAGUCUUCCAUUUCCUAUUGAUCCAGAAGAAAGUGACCCUUCAUCAAUGGACCAUGACUAUCUUGAACAUUACCAGUCUUACAACGUUUUCCAUUUGCCGUCAGUUGAAGUAGUUUGCGUAUAUGCUGAGCGUGAUUACGGGUUUGUUGGCAUAGAUCAUAAGGGUUUCAAGUGCUCCACAUGCAAUUAUGAUACACAUGCUUGUAGUCACAUCAAAUUUCUGGAAGAAAAACUCAGUCAGGAUGAUGUUGAUUUGCCUGACAUUGUGUAUGAAAUGUAUCACCAAGCAAAAAAGCAGCGGAAAGUUAAUUGGAAACCUUAUUGCCUAUCCGAUAAAUCCAUACAGUUCCAGCCACCAGUACACCUUCAACAGAUAUUUGGUAGUUCGUUUUACCAAUCCCUACCACAGGAAAAUGGAACAUUGCAUGUUGUCCCACGUAGUAGCGGAGUAUGUGAAAGUUGCGGUUCCUACUGGAGUUUGCAAAACCCUGUCGAAGAAAAUUGGAUAGAGAAACUUCUUCUCCUUUAUACAAUGAAUAAAGUUAUCCGUGCACCAUUGACAUUGAUUACUCCGAUGGGAGUUGUUGCCCAGUGUGUGGUCCUACGCCUGAAACAGUUGUGUGUGAUGCCACCACAGUUUCGUUUCGACGUAAGAUGGUACUACAAGAGAACAUUGUCAACCCAACUGCCGAAAACAUACACGAAGGAAGAUAAGUAUUUUAUCUUUCACUUACACGUAGAUAAAGUUUUGUUAUAUCGUGAUUCCUAUUUCAUACGGUCAUCCUUUAUUUCUGUGUAG